AUGGACCAUGCAGCAGGCGGUGCUCGCUCUCACUCGGGACGUCAACCGCUUACUGAUGCUACCAGCAGAGUCAAUAACAGCGCCGUAGGGCCAACACGAGGGCGAGAAGCAACGGUGGAUCAUGAGCAACUGAAGGCCGUCGGGAUUCACGUCGACCCAGGCUCCUCAGCCUUGGCUGCUGAAAACAAAUGCUUGUCAGUAGUCACGGAUUCCCAAGAGGACUCGAAUCGGAAUUCGGCCAUAUCGACGACGUCAACGACAUCGGCAAAAGGACGCAGGAAGACACACGUGGGGCCAUGGCAGCUGGGAAGGACCCUAGGAAAGGGAGCAACCGGUCGUGUCCGACUUGCUAAACACGCGGUAACGGGCCAGGCCGCGGCCGUCAAGAUCGUCUCGAAGAAGUCCGCGGCAAUGGUUCAGAGCGAAAGCAUCGCAGCAAUGGAUCGGAAUGCGGGAUUUUUGAGCCUAACUCCUGGUAGCAGGCCAAUGCCAUAUGGGAUUGAAAGGGAGGUUGUCAUCAUGAAACUGAUCGAACACCCCAACGUGAUCAAGGUUUACGACAUAUGGGAGAAUCGAGGCGAACUGUAUCUUGUUCUCGAAUAUGUCGAAGGUGGAGAGCUCUUCGAUUACGUAUCGAUGAACGGGCCCCUCCCAGAAGAGGAAGCAGUUAGACUGUUUCGACAGAUUAUCUCGGGUCUGUGGUACUGCCAUCGGUUCAAUAUCUGCCACCGUGAUCUGAAGCCGGAAAAUAUACUGUUGGAUGCCAAUCACAAUAUAAAACUAGCUGACUUUGGGAUGGCUGCUCUGCAGCCUGCUGGUCACUGGCUGAAUACCUCCUGUGGAAGCCCGCAUUACGCAGCUCCGGAAAUCAUUUACGGUAGGAGGUAUCGGGGCGACAAGGCGGAUAUCUGGAGCUGCGGCAUCAUCCUUUACGCCCUAUUAACCGGAUUUCUUCCAUUUGAUGGAGGCGAUCUCUCAAAUACUCUACGCCUUGUCAAGAAAGGAGAAUAUCACCUACCACCUUGGCUUACCGUGGAGGCAGCGGACCUGAUCCAACGGAUCCUGCAGAAGAGACCGGAGGACAGAAUCAGUAUGCAGAACGUCUGGAAUCAUCCGCUCCUGAAGAAGUAUGAGACUCUCCACCAGGCGAUGUCUGACCAUCCGCUGGGUCCUCCCCCGCCGUUAACAGCCAAGGACUGCGGUCCGCCUGUGGCUAGCCGUGCGGACAUUGAUAUGGAGCUGUUGCGGAGUCUACAGACGCUGUGGCACUGUGCCAAGCCAGAAACACUGAUAGAACGACUUCUCUCCAAAGAACCAAAUCUCGAGAAAAUGUUCUAUAAUGCCCUGAUCAAGUUCAGAGACGAACAACUCGAAAAUUAUAAUGGGCAUUCUCUUGAGUAUUCCGCCAGUGAUUACCAUCACAUUUCCCGGCCACCAGCAGCGACGAGGGCAUUGGCUAGACAUUCUAAGAACGGGCGUUUACAGAGUCAGCUUCGUCGACGAUCCCAGUUCUCAAUAGUGCCGGAAGUGAGCCACCGUAGUAGCUCAGCAAAAGAACCAAAAUCUUCGCACUGCUAUGAUCCGUUCAGAGCUUCACUCAGUCCUCCUGCCGAUCCUCCUGUGGAAUAUGCAAGCGUGACAAUUCAUCGAAAGUCCUCUGAUGCCCGUCCGAUCGAAGAGCCGGCUGAGGGAACUGAAACUGCCGAACAAUCUGAGGUUUGCGGCGAGCAGCCUGAAGAAGCCAACGGCGCGCGUAGUCCUUCGAUGGAGGUCAUCAAGCGCAAUAGAAAAAGGAAAGUACAAGGAUCUACCAAUUCGAGGGCUUCUCUUGCGCCAUCUCGUCGUGGAUUCAGUCCUGCUCCGGGCGUGCGAGCUGCCAGCAGUUAUAAGCGCAAUGUUUCUUUCCGGCACAUUCGCAACCGGUCUCAAACUGCUUCUUCAAUGAAAAUCAAAAGGGAGCAAACAAUAUCCCAGAACUCAAUUGCAAAAUCUUUGGCGCGUGAUCAGAGCUCCAAGUUGAUCAGCAGCACCGUGCUUGCUUCCGUUCGUUAUAGCACCCCUGCACUGCCGAGUCCACCAGCGGUGGUUCGCACUUCCGAUGUGGUUGCAGCCGCAGGGAAGGAUCUCGAUGUUAAGAAGGUUCGACGCAGCAGCAGCUUCUGGAAAGAGGAGGCUAGGAAGGUCUCCAAUGAACUCAGCCAAAUAUGCGAGGAGGCGUUCAACCGAUGCUCUGUUUCUACCGGCCAUACCUUGGGAAGUAGCAUUGCAGGUGGCACAGACUCUACCGCGACAUCCAUUUCCAUCCAUGAGGAGGCUGAGCGGUUAAAAGCUAGCGCCAAGUCAAGCGAGCGUGAAUUACCAGAAACAGCAGAGGGCCUAUCCUGCUCGAAUACCGUCAGAGAACUUGCCGAAACCCGUCGCAGGCUUCUGGAACACUCUGCAAAGGCUGGUUCUGAGGGUCUUCCGGAAUACCUGAAGGAAGUCAUAGCGCAUCUUGACCGUCUGAUCGAACAGGACACUGCACGACAACAAAGAGGCAAAUCGGAGGAAGCAGAGCAGAGCAGACGCGCAAUAUCAGACCCUAACCCCAAGUCCGCCGUGGACACCCAUCACUUGCCUUCCAUUUCUGAAGAGCUGACGUCCCCCACGGAGAGUUCAGGUGGUUCUGAGUCGAAGGAUCCUGACCACCAAUCCUCGUCAGAGUCUUCUCGUGUCUCGUCCAGACGUGAGGAAAGGAGCACCAUUCGCAUGGUUCCAAAGGACUCCUCUUUGCCUUCGAUAGAAGAGAUCAAACCACUCAAUAUUAGGAAAAGGAACACACAGACGUCGGUGACGACGAGCCUCCGCUCUAGCUCCGCAGACUCUGCCAGUUUAUCCAGAGCUCCAAACAAUUCGCUCGAGGGUCGGAGUAACGGCACUUUCUACGGCAGCAUGCGUUACAAUUCCCGCUAUCGCAUGGCCCUGGAGCCCAUUGAGGAGAACCCACCGUGUUCACGAUGCAGCGAUGUGAGGGCCUCAUUCGUUGAGAAGAAGUGGUCAUGGUUCAGCAAGCAUAAAUCACAGACUUAUGAGGAGACGCCUCCGACGCCAAAAGACACGGUACCUGCUCAGCCGAACUCGGCAACUGGCCCUGAUGUCAAGAUUGCGGAAGUGUCCCAGUCCGCGGCAGCAGACGAGACAAAAACCGCCGCUAGGAAGUCAUCUGGAAAGAGCUUCCUUAAGAUCUUUGGCAAGAAGAAGACAGAGAGGUCAGAUUCGGGGAGCGAUAAAGCAACUCCAGGUAACGAAACUGGCGAAACGGAGGUGGCUGCUUCGACCAACACAAACGCCAGCGAUUCUACGCCUACGCAAGACCAAGACGCUUUGCCAUCUCCAGAACCGCAACCGCAGCCGCAGCCUCAACCGCAGCAGAGACCCAGACGUCAGAAUCAUGGUCACUCUGGUGCGAGCCAGAACUGGUUUGCGCGUUUCUUCCAUAUCAAGCCCGCCACGCGAGUCGUUGCCCUGCAGACAUCCAGGACGAAGGCCCGCAAAGAGGUGUACAAAACUCUGCGCGAAUGGAAGCAAUACGGCAUGGAAGACGUGCGGCUCGACAAGGCCGAGAACAUCGUCUAUGGCCGUGUCGGGGAAGGAAAUUUCCUUCGCCUCCGCCCUGUCGAAUUCUCUGUGGAGUUCUUUACCGUGCUGGAGCACGGCAGACACGCCAACCUCAGCCUAAUCCGGUUCCGACAGGUGCGUGGUGCAGCAUCCUCUUUCCAUAAGGUGGCGGAUACGCUGGAGAUAGUUCUUCGAAAGCGCGGCCUGACGGUAGAAGAUCCGGCGCGGGCAAAAAAGAUGACCAAGGUUCUGGACAACGUACGUUGA